AUGCGAGCGACUCUUGUACAGAAGACGGGAGAGCGCCGCUCGUGCAGAGAGAGGAAUGGCCCUAAGACGCUGGCGGAAGCCCGUGAACGCCAGCUGCGCGCAAAAGCCAUCCAGGGGCUCACUCUCCCGGUGCUGCCUUGGAUUUGUUUUCUCUGCCUGCUGGCGACACCCUUGGCCCUUGCGCAGUUCAUAACGACAAGACUACGCGAGAAGCAGAAGAAAAGCCUUGCGCUGUCGCGGCAGCUACAGCGGCACUUUUCUUUUCCGCCUCUGCUCUUUGUUUCAUUUGGAGAGAUUAAGCAGCUGGUCGAACAACCAACUGAAGCCCUGCUCCUCUUGACAGAUGCUGCACGCUUCGGGGCCCAUACAACGGCGUGUCUCUUUGUUGAGCUGGCUAAGAGACUCAGAUCGCACGGCAUCGAACUGCCGAUUGCGAUAUGCGACUUGCAGGAGGGUUCUUCUUCCUGCGAUUGCGUAGAAGGGCCUCCUCCAAAGGAAACUCGAGAUCCAGUCUCCCCCACAGAGCCCCCUGGGGGCCGCGCCUCAGCCCAAGAGCGUUUGUUUCCUGCUGCAGCCUCCCCACAUGUCUGGCUGCUGCUUCCAGAUGGCUUGGACGGGGAACCAGCGGCACAGUUGGUUGAAAGCGUACAGGGGGAGAAGAUGCUGCAGAUGCUCUUAGAGGGCAAGGCUGCACAGGCCCUCGUCAAGGUAUUAGGCGCCGUCCGGCAUGCAGCAGCAGAGCUCACAGAAGAAGCCAAGGAGGUGGACGCUCUGGCAACUGAGCUUUUGCGCUGCGAAUUCGCCGAAGCAUUUGUCGACCCCUUCGCUCACAAUCCCCAGGGAGCCUCGUCAAGAGGGCCUGACCAACCUGAAGUGGAAGACUCGUGCGAAAAAUCUCAUGGGGCCCACAAAACGCUUAAGGCCAUGGGACUGACCGCCGCACUCUCUGCCUGCAGAAAGAGAAGGCGGCAGAAGUACCCAUCCGUUAUUGUCUAA